AUGUCUCUUCGCGAGUGGUACGCAAAUCGUGAAAUACUGUUAACCGGGGUGACCAGUGAAUUGGGCCAAAAUCUUCUCGAGAAAAUACUUCGUACAUUUCCAGACGUCAAAGUUAAUCUUAUUGUGAGAACGCGAAAUAAUCUUACCAAGGAUGAUCGAGUUAAGAAGAUUUUCGGAUCACCUGGAUACGAGAGACUACGAGAAGAGGAUCCUGAUGCUAUUUCAAGGGUAACAAUUUACGAAGGUAAUUUGAUUUAUGACGAUCUUGGGAUAACUAACGAAGAGAGGGAAAGAAUGAAGAAGAAGGUUAGCAUAGUUUUUCAUGCUACUGGUCCGCACGACGCGGUAUUUCAAUUUUCGGAAGAAUUGCCAAAAUUAGAGACAUUAGCAGCUGCAUCGACCAUCUUUAGGCACAAAGGACGAAUCAACGAAUGUUUACAAAACGAACAUAUACCAAAUAUACCACUCGCACUGAUACGCGUAGCCCUUCUUGGGCCACCACUUCAAGAACCAAUGCAAGGUCACGUCGAAGAAGUCAAAGGAACAACCGCACUUAUGGUUGGUGCUGGAUACGUCCUAGGUGAUGCUCAAAAAUCUGCUGAAUUAACACCCAUCGAUAUCGCCAGCAACACGCUGAUUGCAGCUGCUUGGGAAAGAGCUCAACGACCAAAAGACGUCGGUGCUGUUGUGUACAAUACUGCGACGAUCGGUUGCACAUGGGGUGACCUUAUUGAGAAAGGUCAAUGGGCUACUAAAAAGUUUCCAUACCCGACGUUUGGAAUUCGUGGAAUAACAACUAUCGCAUGGCUACAUUGGACAGUAGUACUUUUUCUUGAAUGGUUACCAUCGAUUUUGUGCGACACGAUUGUCGGACUAUGUAACGGAAAGCAAAGGAUUGUGAAAGAACACGAGAAAAUACGUAGAGCCUUGAAAUCCGUCGAGUCGAUCGCAUGGAGGUCCUGGUCAGCCGAGAGAAAUCGCAUAUAUGUUUUGCACCAACGUCUCAGCACUGAGGACCAACAAACGUUUCCACUUAUCGUCAAUGCCGACAUUGAGAAUUACAUCCUUUCUACAGCAGCCUCGACGAGAAAACAUUGCGUCGACGAAAGCAUUCUUUCUCUCGUUCGAAAUAUUCGACUUUCCUUUAUCAUUUUCUUUACACUUUUCUUUUCUUAUAUCUUCAUUUACGUAAAUUUUUUACUAGACCAUUAGACAUUCUACUUUUUUUUUCUUUUUUUUUUUUUCUAAUUAGAUAUCCAUCGAAAAAUCUGUAAAUUAAUGUCAUUGUAAAGAAGAAGAUAAAAAAAAAGUUGCAGAAUUAUUCGAUACGAUCUUAAAAAUUUCAUUAAUAACAACGCAACGAAGAACAAAGCACUUGCCCUCUCAUAUAUUCAUUACAAAGAAAAUAUUUAUUUAGAUUAACAAAAGAGAACC